GAAAUUUAAAGCUUGUUAUUGCAGGUGGUGCUGAAGCACACAUGCUUGCGAUCGAAUUGGCCAAAAAUGAAAUUCCCGUAAUAGUUAACCCAUCAAGGCCCACUCCAGAGUUAUGGACAGCUCAACACGUAUUAACAGGUGCUCCUAUUACCAAUAAAACUGGAAUAGAUAUACUAUAUGAAAACAAUGUUAAGAUAGGAAUAGGUGCGGAUUUACUUUCAAAAGGAAUCAGUUCGUAUUUAUUAGGAUUUGGCACGGAAAGAAAUUUAAUUUGGGAUGCUGGUUGGGUAUCACGAAAUUCCAAAGGAUUGAUUUCACAUAAAGAUGCUAUUGGAUUUAUUACAUGGAACUUAGAAGAAAUCCUCGGUUUAAAUAUGAGAAAUGGGUUGCUUAAAGGUAAUAUUGCAAAUUUUGUGGCAUAUAAUGGAAAUCCUUUUGAUAUUAAUGCGAGAGUAAAGAUUGUUGCUGGUGGUGGUAGAAGUGAUAUUAUUAUUGAUCCUGAACAAGAUUAA